AUGGCUGGUAUCGAUCAAGAGCCACAGGCAAAUGAUUUGGACCCACUCCACCAACAUGACGUCUCCUCUAGCUCUGAUGACGAGGAUGAUGAUGAGGACGACGACACCUUAUGUGUGGCUUCAGACCACGACUUCAGGCCUGGCAUUGAUAUCGGUGCAAUCAAGUCAGCGAAGAACGUCGAGCAUUCUGUGGCCCACCAGGUUGAGGCCGAAAGGAGCAUUCUAGCCCUGGUGGUUGAUGAUGAAUAUCUAUUCGCCGGACUAGAAGGAGGUGACAUUGCUGUUUGGUCAUUGGAAACCUUCGAGAAGGUCUUUACUGUGCAUGCACAUGCUGAAAGUGUACUGGCAUUGUUCUUAUCGGAGGACAAGCAACUCCUAUUCUCCUCUGGGGUGGACUCAGUCGUAAACGUCUGGUCCGCUCACAACCUAACACGCCUGUUCUCCAUCUACUCACAUCAUGACAUCGGGGAUGUCUUCUGUGUAGCGUAUUCGACUUGCCUGAACACUCUAUUCUGUGGUUCACAAAACCAGUCUCUGCAGUGGUUUGACCUCGGAUCCAAGAACCUGACACCGCAUUCGGCCACCUUUCCAGCCAACCGCAAGCAUCGUUUCUUCGAUUCGUUAGGACCCGGAGGCACCGUCACGCCACUUCCAGCUGGCAGCCAUGUUGUACCUACCACGGGCGGCCAACUAGUAACGUUUCCCAGAAGUAACUACCAAGCAUAUGCACACUCAAGCUAUGUGUAUUGCAUGUUACUCGCUCAAGGUCUCCGGCACCACCAUGCAGAAAUGGAGGUACUUGUUACUGGAGGUGGUGACGGGACCAUUAAAAUAUGGUCACUCUAUGAAUUAGAAACGGUUGGCUUGGUGGCUAUUUACAAGUUUAGGAAUAAUUGUUCAAGUGUGCUGAGUCUAACACAUGAUGGAACGUUUCUUUAUGCGGGGCUUGCGAGUGGCCUAGUACAGGUGUACAAUCUGGACUCGCAACAGCUUGUGCAAAAGAUCAAUAUCGGUUCUGAUGACGUGACCACGAUUCAAGUCAUGAACCGAACAGCCUUCUGCGGCACCAGCAAUGGUCAUUUGAAGCAAUUCAACUCCCAGUUCUCCGAAGUGGGGGACUGGACGGCCAACACUGGAAAGAUCCUAUCGUCGACUCGAACACGCUUACAUGAUCAAGACAUCUUGGUAACAGGAGGCAAUGACUGUGUUGCCACAUUCUGGGACGUGAGCAGGAGCUCUAACUCCUCUGAUAAGCAACUACCCUAUGGAAAUGAUGAAAUGGUAAACUCCCUACGAGACUUCGUGGCCUUCCGCACCGUCCCUGGCAUACCGAAAUACGCUGGACAAUGCAAUGAAGCGGCGACAUUUCUACGAAAACUCUUUGACCUCUUCAAUGCCAAGACUGCUUUGCUUUCGUCGAGUAAAGGAGUAAAUCCUAUCUUGUUUGCGAAAUUUGAGGCCUCAGAUACGUCGAGAGCACGGAAGACUGUCUUGUUCUAUGGCCACUACGACGUCGUGGAUGCUGAAUACACCGUAGACGGAAAUGAGAAGCCAGAUACUGAUCCAUUCUCGCUACGUCCGCUCAAUGGCUAUCUCUAUGGUAGAGGAGUCACUGACAACAAAGGACCAAUUCUCGCUGCUUUAUAUGCGGUGGCUGAUCUCACACAAAAUCAAGCGCUGAACUGUGAUGUCACCUUCCUAAUUGAAGGCGAGGAGGAGGCAGGCUCGAGAGGCUUUACCAAAGUAGUUCAGGAAAACCGAAGUCUCAUUGGUGAGGUCGACUGGAUACUGCUGUCUAACAGCUAUUGGCUGGAUGAUCACAUCCCUUGCCUGACAUAUGGCAUGCGCGGAGUUGUCCACGCACGUAUCUGCAUUUCCAGUGGUCUUCCCGACCGUCACAGCGGCAUGGACGGAAAGUCAACCCUACAUGAACCGCUGAAGGAUCUGACCGUUCUCCUUAGUGGUCUUGUUGGGGAAACAGGGACCAAAGCCAACAUUCCUGGGUUCUACGAUCACGUUGCACAACUCGACAGGGAUGAGAAGAAGCGCUACGAUGCUAUCAUAUCUGCGCUCAUGCCGGGCCAUCCUGAAAUCAAAGAUGCAAUAGCAUUCACGGACUCCCUCACACAACGUUGGCGAGAGCCAAACCUGACAAUUCAUCGAAUUAUGGUCCCGGAAUCCAAAGCUGCCGUCACUAUCUCCAGUUAUGCCGAGGCUGACCUCUCGAUACGAAUUGUUCCAAACCAAGACGCCGAGACCAUCGCGACGGCACUCACAAAAUAUACAUCCAACCUGUUCCACGAUCUCGGAAGCACAAACAAGCUCCAAGUCCACAUUUCUUCGAAAGCCGACGCGUGGCUUGGAGAUCCCAACAAUGAGAUCUUUCAGAUUCUUGACCAGGCUAUCACAGCAGUAUGGAAUCCGGCAUCUUCCACAAAAUCAAUGCCCAGCACUAAUGCUUCACCAUCUCGAACAUUCCGCCGGCCAUCUACCACCACCACCACCUCCUCCUCCCCCAUCAAGCCCACAAUUCCCCAAUCGAAAACACAGACCAUGCACCGUCCCACAAACCGUCGUACAUCCUCCCUCGCCUCCACUGGCCUUACCUACACACCGGAAAAUAUGCCGAAAAGGCCCCUCUACAUCCGGGAAGGCGGUUCCAUCCCCGUGAUCAGCUUCCUCGAAAAGGAAUUCAACGCCCCUGCAGCCAUGUUCCCCUGUGGCCAAGCGAGCGAUCACGCGCAUCUGGAAAACGAGAGAAUGAGAGUGCAGAACCUGUACAAUGGGCGUGAAGUGUUUCGGAGGGUUUUUGAGGGAUUGCCUAGGGAUUGA